CGCCUCUGUGGUGGCGGGGGUUGUUGCUCUAAGCUGGGAGCGCUGAGUCGUUCCCGGGAGCGGCGGCUAGGCUAUGACCGCCGGUCCCCGGUGUCCCGCUCCGGCCAACCAGAGCCUGUGCUGGUGCCCGAGCGGUCUCUUCAGCCCGGCACUGCCGCGCCCCCUCCUCCGAUGGCGGCGGAGAUCCAGCCCAAGGCACAGACCCGCAAGCCGAUCCUGCUGCAGCGGGUGGAGGGGUCCCAGGAGGUGGUGAAUAUGGCCGUGAUCGUGCCCAAGGAGGAGGGCGUCAUCAGCGUCUCAGAGGACAGGACAGUUCGUGUCUGGUUAAAGAGAGACAGCGGACAGUACUGGCCAAGUAUAUACCAUGCAAUGCCUUCUCCAUGUUCAUGCAUGUCUUUUAACCCGGAAACCAGAAGACUGUCCAUAGGUCUAGACAAUGGUACAAUCUCAGAGUUUAUUUUGUCAGAAGAUUACAACAAGAUGACUCCUGUGAAAAACUACCAAGCGCAUCAGAGCAGAGUGACGAUGAUCCUGUUUGUCCUGGAGCUGGAGUGGGUGCUGAGCACGGGACAGGACAAGCACUUUUCCUGGCACUGCUCCGAGAGUGGGCAGCUCCUGGGAGGUUAUCGCACCAGUGCGGUGGCCUCGGGCCUGCAAUUUGAUGUUGAAACCCGGCAUGUGUUUAUUGGUGACCAGUCAGGCCAAGUUACAAUCCUCAAACUGGAGCAAGAAAACUGCACCCUGGUCACAACAUUCAGAGGCCAUACAGGUGGGGUGACUGCUCUCUGUUGGGACCCAGUCCAGCGAAUGCUCUUCUCAGGCAGUUCAGAUCACUCUGUCAUCAUGUGGGACAUUGGUGGGAGAAAAGGAACAGCCAUCGAGCUCCAAGGACACAAUGACAAAGUCCAGGCCCUCUCCUAUGCGCAGCACACGCGGCAGCUCAUCUCCUGUGGCGGUGAUGGUGGGAUUGUCGUCUGGAACAUGGACGUCAAGAGGCAGGAGACCCCUGAGUGGUUGGACAGUGACUCCUGUCAAAAAUGUGAUCAGCCUUUCUUCUGGAACUUCAAGCAGAUGUGGGACAGUAAGAAAAUCGGCCUCAGACAGCACCAUUGUCGUAAGUGCGGGAAGGCCGUUUGCGGCAAAUGCAGUUCCAAGCGCUCCUCCAUCCCCUUGAUGGGCUUCGAGUUUGAAGUGAGGGUCUGUGACAGCUGCCACGAGGCCAUCACAGAUGAAGAACGUGCGCCCACGGCGACCUUCCACGACAGUAAACAUAACAUCGUGCAUGUACAUUUUGAUGCAACCAGAGGGUGGUUGCUGACUUCCGGGACUGACAAGGUUAUUAAGUUGUGGGAUAUGACCCCAGUAGUGUCUUGAUGAUACCUCCUGGAAUCAGAAAGAGAGAAUUCACUAAAGAAAUGGUUGUUCUAAUCCCAGUCAUUGCUGAAGAUGUAAAGGAAAGCAGAUGUGUAAGGAGAGAGAGAGAAACCACAGAAUCUAGAUGAGUUUGCGUAUGUAAACUGAUGUACAGUGGUGAGCUAAUGAUUGAACACUUGCAAAGGGACUCUUUCAACUUUGUUGUUCAUACGGUAUCACAUAAGGUAUUUUUUUAACAAAUGGUUUAUACAGUUUGGCUGUGCUAUAUUGUUUUGAGUAUAAUGAAAAAUCUGGGAUGUUUAAUUUUUGUAUUUUUCAAGACUUCAUUUUAUUUGUUGCUUUGUGUGUCAGAGAAAUGAGGGUGGUAUCUGUUCAGGGUAUUUUUGGUUAUUAUAAAGUCAUUCUCAUGUUUUCUUCACUCUGGCAUGUAUCAUGUGGUCAGCAUCUUUUUCUUCUCGUCUCUCUGCGUUUACUCUAACCAUCAUCUGCCAGUUACCACAGUAUCUGUAUUUCACUGUUUACUUGCAACGUCUCUGCUUUCAUAUCCUCUUCAGUGGAGAGAUUUGGAAAGCCAUUUGUGUGGAUUUACCAACUGACUUGAAGAACGGUCUGUUUGUAAUGCCUGACUCCUCCGUGUUGUUACCGAGUAGAGAUGACCCUGCAUUCCCGUCUCAGUGUUAACUCUGUCUUCCCCACACUGGAAAUACUGUGUGAAAGCUGCUCCCCGUCAUCAUCACCACAGAAAGUAGAUGGUUACAACUCAGCUUCAACCCUCAGUGUCUGGAUCAUUUAGACCUCAGUUGGAGCCUCCUGGGCCUUUUAUAUCUUAGUUUUACUUGGCACAGCUCUUCUCACUCAUAAUAUUUAAAACAAACAAAAACACCCUACAUGCUUCAUGAACCAGUAUCUUUAAGAUGUGCUUCUCCAUGUGACAUCACCUCUGAGCUUGAACAUGUUCAUUCCUGCGAGAUUGUAGUCCUGCUCUAUCCCUCGCCAUCUGUAUUUUCUUUCCCUUUAAAAACUAUAGUAAUUUAAACUUUUUUAUCUUAAUGUAUUUUAUCAGAACACUUUGCACACUUUCAUACUAAAACUGUACAUGAUCUGCAACAUAAAGGUACUGCAUCCUACACUCAGCCUGUGUCCUGUUGAGAAUGUGAAAGAGGCUUCAGAAAAGGAACCUGAAGAACUAUUUCUGACGGAAUCCAAUCAAGCUUGAUAAAGUGGGAUAUUCCUGUUGUAGUCACUCAACUCAGGAUUUUGAAGUCCUUAUUUUAAAAAAACUUUAUUUUCACCUGUGAAAAUAACAUGAAACAACAGCUACAAACACGGACCAUGUGCCUACCCCUUCUAAGCACUUUACAGGCACCACCUCACCCAGUCCUCACUGUCGGGAGCAGCGGGAGGACCACCAGGCUAAACAAAGCUGUGCAGAUCAACAGGCCAAUUACUUGCCCCGC